AUCUAUGAUUUAAACUGUCAAAUGUAGAAACAAAAAUGUCAUAAUAAAAGUAUUCGCUACAAUGGUCCAGAGUAUGAAUAUUCCCUAAAUAAAAAAUUUUAAUAUCUAAAAUUCCAGUGAACAAUACAAAAAUGAAAACAGAUUUUUUCUACUUAAUCCCAAGUGCAUUAACAAUCGUCUAUGCUACUUACGGUAGUUGGUUCCUCAUUUCGGAAAUUUUUACUACUCUAAUGCCAUUAACUUUGAUAUUUACCGGAGCAUUAGUUUGUUUAGUUUUUAUAUUUAGAAUACCACCUCCUACUACGGCUUCUGUUGAAGCUGUUCUGGGAAAAAUUAUUGAAGAUCCUGUUGGAGACAACAACGGUUUUGUUAUAAAAACUAUAGCUCACAGAGGAGCGGGUUUAGAUGCACCGGAAAAUACCAUAGAAGCUUUCAAAAAAUGUCACGAAAAAGGUUGUGAUAUAAUAGAAUUAGAUGUAUGUCUUACGGCGGAUCAAGUCCCGAUAGUUUUUCACGAUACCGAUUUAGAAAGAAUGGCCGAUAUGAAUGUUUUAAUCAAAAAUAUAAAGUAUGAAGAUUUAGCAAACAUCGACAUAUCCGUAAAACAUGCAUACAGAGAUUCAUUUCCUAACGCUCAUGUACCAACUUUAGAACAAGCUGUACAACAAAUGCUCGGGAUGGGGCAAAGAAUAUUUAUUGACAUUAAAGAACCUAACAGUAAGAUUGUCCCUUUGAUUAUAAAAAUCUUCGAAAAAUAUCCAGAAUUAAAAACUAAAGCUGUUGUGACAUCAUUUUUUCCUAAUAUAAUAUAUUUAAUACGAAGAAGCUCGCCGGAUAUUAUUGGAUGUUUAGCAUGGAAAGCGGAUAAUUUCAGACAUAGUAGUUUGAAAAAUUCGACUUUUUGUAAUACUAAGCAAAUGAAAGUACUAAAAAACGCUCUAUUUUGGAUUUUAGACUGCCUCCACUCAUGGGCAUUACCUAGAAUCACAUACUACGUCUUAGGAUUGUCGGUUAUCUUGUUACACAAAGAUUUGGUUUGUAGUGAAACGAUACGGAAUUGGCGGUCGAAAGGGGUGAGAGUUAUAGUUUGGACUGUUAAUAGUCCAAUUGAAAAGCAAUAUAUGUAUCGUACACUUAAAAUACCUUAUUUGACAGAUACACUUACAGGUGAAACAACCGUGCAUAGUACUAUGCAAAGUUAAUUGGAUAAUUUUGAUUUUUAGUAAUAUUUUCAAGUAUCUAGUAUCUUGUAGGUAUUUUUUUCUAUAUUUAAUUAGAAAAAUCGUGAAAAAAACACUUUAUGUGACAUUUUUUUUUUAUUUUAUGACUAUUAUUGACACUAUUUUGACUGAUACUUUGAAACAGAUUUAAAACAGUGACAUUUGGAAAAAUUUUAGUGUUAUUAGAAAGCUAUUAAAAAAAAAUGUUUGUUAAAUUUUUCUUUAAAGUUCUGAUUAAUUUACUGUUGUGAAAAGCCUCAAAAUCAGUGAGGAUCUGCUAUUUUUAGGGGUUUUUAAGAAAUUUGGAAAAUUUUUGGUAGCUUCUUUAAAUCGUGUUAGUGGCUUAAUUUUAAAUUUAAUUUUGAAUUGUUUGAUAGAAAAUUUGUUUUCUUGAUUAUAAUGACUCUUUUAUCGUUUUAAUCACUAUUUAUUUACAUAAUCUCACUUCUGAUACCAAAUAUUUCACUAUUUAUCUAAUAUUUGCAGCACUAUUUGUCCAUUUUCACUAAUUUAUAAUUUAAAUGUUUUUUUACUAUUUAUUGACAAAAUCCUACCUUUAACACCAAUAUAACAUUCAUUUAUUCACGUAACACUAUUUAUGGUCGUCCCUUGAUGAAUUUUGUCACUAUUUGAAGCAAAAUUUGUCAAUUUUCACUUAUUUCCAAUUCACACAGUUUAGAAUCACUAUUUAUCCAUGAAAUCCUUUUUUUGUUACCAAUAUAACGAUCAUUUAUUCAUAUAGCACUUUUUAUUGUCUUUCCUUCAUGAAUUUUCUUACUAUUUGUAGCAAAAUUUGUCAAUUUCCACUUAUUUUCAAUUCAAAUGGUGUAGAAUCACUAUUUAUCUAUGAAACCUCACUUUUAUUACCAAUAUAACGUCCAUUUAUUCACGUAGCAUAAUUUAUGGUCAUCCCAUGAAGAAUUUAGUUACUAUUUGUCCAUUUUCACUAAAUUUCAAUUCAAUUAUUUUGAUUCACUAUUUAUGUACAAAAUUCCACUUUUAACACCAAUGUAACUUUUACAUUACAUUAUCCACAUAUCACUAUUUAUGGUUGACUCUCGUUGAAUUUAACAUUAAUGUGGCACAAUUUUUUGAAUUUACAAACUAUUUAACACACCUGACAGUAUUUUUUGUAACACAUAAUGAAUACCACCAGAAAUUCCUCCUUAUUUCAGUAAAUAAUGAAAUUUCUAAUAUCCAGACAGUUUUUACAAAUUUCCUAACUCUAUUUUUUAUACUCACCAGUUUUUUAUUCAUUUUUAUAAAGACUGGUGUUUCACACUUUUUUUUUCAUUAUUCCAAACAUUUAGUCCAAAAAUAGCAUUUAUUUCCUUUAAUGUUCCUAUUUAGUUUUAUAUUGACCCUAAAGAUUUUCUUCAUCUUAAUUUUGCUUUAUAUAUUGUCGGAGACUGCAGUUGAUAGUCUUUAUAGGGAAAUUUGUUAAUUUUCUAAUUAUAACAACCUUUAUCAACAUUUUUCUACCACAAAUAUCAUCAAAAAUAUUUUUUUUAUUAUUUUACGAUGUUAGAACAGUUGCCUUAAUAUCUUAUUAAUUUUUUGGCAAAAUUUGUUCGAUUUAAGUAUAUUUUGAUGUAUCGAUCUCGAGAAACGUAAACUUGCCAUUUAAACUAUAUAUUUAGUACUAAAAAAUUGGUUUUAAAGAGCAAAAGUUUUAUUACUAAGAAAAGCUACAAAAAUUUAGUAUACACACCAUAAUUAGGCCCAUAUAAUUAUUUUUUAAUUCGAAAUUUGAGUGUUUGCGAAUAUUUAAUUUUUAAUAUCGAAUAUGUUUAUGUGAAUUAAAGUACUUUUCAAUUA